AUGAAGAAACCUCUUACUCUUCUAACUUUUAUUUGUAUUUUAUUCCAUUUAUCUGAAUGCAUGAAUUAUGGUUCAUUCGAAAAAAUAGAUAAAGAAAUUGCUAAAUUGAAAGGAAGAGAAGAAUAUUUCGAACGUAGUGUCAAUAUAAAUAAGCAAAAAUAUGAAAAGGCCUGUCAAAGUCUAAAAGAGACUCGAAAUAAAAUAGAAGUGCUUGAAGAACAUAAAAGACAAGCAGCUAUUGCUUUUGGACAUGCUGGCCAAGAUCAAGGUUUACAAGGACAUGUUAGCCAAAUUAUUGGAAAUACCAGUACUGGAGUGGAACAGUUGAGUGGAAAAAUGAAACAGAAAAUGAAUAUUGCAGUUAGAAAAGGCCAUGCUCGAUAUAGGGAAGGUAAAUGCUUAUCCUUAAAGAUCAAUCAAUCAACCUAA